AUGAUAUAUUUCGCUAUCAAUCUUUUAUAUAAUUCAAUGUGUUUACUUGAUCCAUCAGUUAAACGAAGUUGGUGGUAUUUAACUAAAAGGAUUGUAUUUUGGUGUCGACCAAAAAGGAGAUAUUCACGAAAUAUUCAACAUCUUCAUCCAUAUUCAUAUCAUCAUGAUAGUGAACAACAUGGACAUCAUUUUAUCCAUGAUUAUCAUUCAGAUAUUGAAGAUGGUCAUAUCGAUGAGAAUAGUAAACAUGAAAUAUUAAUGACACAAAAUGUAACAACAACAAUAAGAAAUGAAAAUGAUUAUUUUGUCAAAUCAUAUUUAAAUCAUGUGACUGUUGGAUUCAGUUGGUGGGAUCCUGGAUUUUUUACUACACCUACACCGAUUCUAUCCAAUUAUGACUUAUGGAUUAAGUGUAAUACUUUGUAUUCGUAUAAAAAAGCAGGUAAACAACAUAAACAUAAUACUUUAUUACAAGAAUUUGAGCUAACUAAAUGUAAAUCAGAUCUUCUAUGUACUGGUAAUGAUAUGAUGAGUAAUACCAAUAGUAUUGUGACUACAAUUACUACUUCUCCUGUCACUACUACUACUACUACCACUACAGCUACUACUCAUAUCGAAGGUAGUAAUAUUGAUCAUAUUACUAAGGUUAUCAAUAAUAAUCGUGAUAUUAUUGAUUUUUGUAUAAAUAAUCCUGAUCAAUUUAGUCAUAUAAUGGAUCCAUUCGAGUCAUUACUAUUAGCGACAGCAUCAAAUGAUCAAGUAUGGAUGAAUCCACCUCCGACUUCAUUAACAUCAUCAUCAUCAUCAUCAUAUGCUAAAUUACUUUCAUCAAAUCAUAAUGUUAUAGAACAAUUUCCUUUAUAUCAACAAGUACAACAACCUGAACAAAAUUCACAGAUAUCAUCUACAAUGAAUUUGGAAACAGCAUUACAUAUCCUACGUCAAUUACAUCAUCAACUUAUCACUACUACUAGUGCUAAUACAAACACGGUUGGUAACAAUAUCUCUGUUAAUCAACAGGCAUUUUUUGAUAUUCAUCCUAAUAAUACUACUACUACUACAUCGCUGAUGACGACAACAACAACAACAACGUCUACUUCUACUAAUAGUAGCAGUAAUAGUAGUCGUGCUGUUGGUACCGGUGAUAACACUAAUGUUGUAUACCCUAUGGCAAAUCAAACAGAAUUGAAUUCAAAUGUAUUCACUAAUCAUAAUAAUCUUUUUGGAAAUUAUAAUUUCAUUAAUUCUUUAUCGAAUGAUGCGGAUAUAACCGCUUCGUUAACCGCAGCUGCUGCUUAUGAGCAUUAUCAGAAACAGUUGUCAGAUUUAACAGCGGGUAUAUCACGCCGUCGAAGUAGACACAAACGAUUGUUGUCUGGUCGUACUUCAAUUCGUCGUCAUAGUCAAUCGCGUAGUUUCUCUUCGAAUGGCUUAUUCAUUCCGGGAUUAACAGCAUCUAUGAAUCUUAAGGUGAAAGGAACAAGUUCUUCAACUUGUUCUGCAACAUCAAAGUCAAUUGGUCAACCGUCAAGUUCAACAACACCGGCGGCGGCAGCAGCAGCAGGCUCAUCAUCAUGUCUUUUUCAAAGAGGUUCUUCAUUCAAUUUGUUACAAGCUGCAGCUUCCAUUGUUGCUGCUGCGGCGGCGGCGGCAGCAGCAGCUGCUACGGCAAAGGCGGAUAACACAACUCAUAGUAAUAAUAAUAAUAAUAAUAAUAACAGUAGUAAUUUCAGCAGUAGCAAACGUCGUCUCAGUCAAUCGGGUUUCAGUGGAAUUGAUGCAUUUUCUACUCAUCAUUUGGAUAGUUCUAGUGGCGCAGCCUCAGCUUUUGGUGGAAGUCAAAUAUCUUCAACAUCUGUUCGAAGUGCUUUAACUAGUACUGGUCCAUCUCGUCAUCAUCGUCGACGACGUGAUGGAAAUUAUACACGACCAUCAUCAACAUCUGAAGCUCCAUGGAAUACUUUGAAUGAUAUGAAAAUGAACUCUGAUAUAGCGCCUACAAUAAAUCAUAAUCAUAUACAGAAUAUGACUAGUUGUAUGUCUUCUCUACGAUCAAUAUCAUGUGCAUCAUCAUCAGGUGCUGAAUCUUACAAUUCCUAUCGAUUAUUAAUUAAUCAAGCUGGUGCAAGUUGGAGAGAAUUAUGGCGUACAAGAAUGUUAUUAAUGCAUGUAUUACGUUGGGCAGAGAAUGUUGCCCCAUUCAUGCAAACUAAUUGUAAUGCUACUACUACUACUACUAAUAAUAACAGUAAUAGUAAUAUGAACAAUAUGAAUUCUGGUUUUAUGAAUAAUGAAUUGAACAGAUCACAGAUUAGCCUAUCGAAUUAUAAUAUGCCUGUUAAUACUGAAAGUCAUCAUGUAGAGUGUGUUAAGACGACAACUGUUAUUCCUAAUACUGUUCCUGUUUGUUGUACUACUACUACUACUACUACUACUACUACUACUACUACUAACACGUUGAAUAUGAGUCAACAGGCGGAAUUUAUCCCGAAAGCUUCAGAUGGUAAUCAGGAUUUCAACUCUCAACUAGUUCAGUUGAUUAUGUCUUUAAUUGAACAACAACAACAACAACAACAACAACAACAAUCCCUCAACCUUAGAGUUGAAUCCCAAUCAAAAUUAGACAUGGAAUCACAAUUACCAAUUAGUCCAUCAAAUUCUCUACAGAUGAAUUCAUUGUUGUAUACUCCUUCCACUAAUACUGAUGGUGGUGUUACUUCCACUUCUGCAGUCUGUGGUGGUGCUAUUGUGAAUCAGUUCAUUGGACAACCAAAUCAAUUAACGUCGUCAGUAGAUCCAAUGAUGGCGGCAGCAUUCGCAGCGGCUACAGCUGCAGCUACUGUUGCUCUACAACAACAACAACAACAACAGCAACAGCAGAACCAACAACCUCUACGUCAGUCAUCCUCAACUAAUUCAGCAUCAUCACCUGUAGGUGUUGUUGACCCAUUGAUUCAGCCAACUGUUGACAAUAUCACGGAUAAUAAUAAUAACAGUGGUCGGUGUAAUGUUGUUGUUGCUGGACCAUGUUCAUUUACUUCAAUGCCUGAAAACAGUAUGAAUCAAUCUCUUAAUCAAUCUUAUCACACCAUAAAUAAUAAUCCAUAUUUAACACCAAUAUUAACUGAUGAUAAGAAUAAUUCAUCACCUAUUCAAGAUAUUCAUUGGUUACAUAGAGGAAUAUCGUCGUCAAUAAGUCAUCAAUUGAAUAGUCCAUAUUGUAAUCUAUUAUCAUGUAACAAUAAUAAUAAUCAUCAUCCUGAUGUAUCUAAUAAGGAUCUUGUCAAUGAUAAUAGUUGUAGAAAUGUUGUCAUAGGACCUCAUGUAAUCCAAUCAACUUCAGGGUAUACAAUGACUUUACCUGAAAGUUAUCAAUGUUGUACUACAGCACCAGAUUUACUCAUAGAUCAUGAUCAGAUAGCUACUGGUGCUCGUAUGAUUAUUCAUUCACCGAGUUGUUCACCACACUAUGGUAUUGUUGCAGGAACACGAUCUAUAUCUUCUGGAUACCGUCCACAACAACAACAACACCAGCAACAGCCACUUUUGUAUCCUAUGCCAGUUUGUUGUUAUCAAACUUCAUUGAAUACCGCUGCUGUUGCCGCUACCACUACUCUUAUAAAUGAUAAUAAUAUUACUGUACAGCCAAUAUUUUCUUCGGCAAAUUUUACAUUUAAUUCUACACAACAAAAUCAAACAAUGUAUUCUAAUGUUGCAUGCCCAGAUUCUUAUGUUGUAACUGGAGCUCAAUUUUAUAAUGAACUCAAUCGUACAUCAAUUCCAGUAUUACCUGAAAAUGAUAUCGAGGGUAACUGUGCUGUCAGCGUGAGAAACAUUGCUUGUGGUGGUGACGGCGGUGGCGGUUGCAGUAAUAAUGACUCAGAUGCAUUUGACAGUGAAGAUGAAAUUGUCUCUGUAACUGAAGAGGAUGACGUGAAUAAUUCAAAGGGAAUACAUGACCAAGGCACUGAGAAGUCAUUAGAUGAAAAUGAAUGUCAUCAACACCAAUAUUAUAACAAUCAAAGUCACCCUAGUAAUAACUAUGAUUAUAUGAUUGCAUUUAAUACAAAUAAUAAUCCUUAUUUUAUACCUGGUUUUAUUAAUUCAAACCUUAAUCCGACAACAAUCAGGCCAACUAAUGUGAUUACAACAACUACACCAUCAUUGCCAAGAAUCUGUCUUCCAACACAUCAUUCAUUACCGGUCUACUCAGAUAUUAUGCCUACAAGAUGUUAUUCAUUUGUUGGCCCAGAUGAUGGUGAAAUGUCCAGUGUUAGUCAAAGUGCUAGUCAAGUUGUCCCACGUGCCUCUUCAUCUUCUUCAUGUCCAGAUUCAUCAUCAUCGUCAUCAACAUCAUCUUCACCACCUUCUUGUUCACCUUUGAAAUUAUCACCUGAGUUACAUUCAUCUGAGUCAUGUAAACCGCCUGUUUGCAGUGUACAAACUCUUACUGUCACAACAGUUUGUUCUUCAUCUCCUCCUUUUAGCACUUAUGGAGAUGGUGAUACACAUGUAGAUGGGUUAAAUAGUAAUCAGUCAAUGUCGAACAAUGUGUAA